CGACAGCCAGAGCCCCACGGAGUUUGGGGGCUUUAUUUUCUGGCAUUAAGAGGUGACUGAGUGGCUUUUUAAAAAGCGAUUCACAUGACUUAUUUGCAUUUUAGAAAAAAAAUCACCUUCGCCUAAGGGUGGAGUUAAACUGGAAAGGGGGAAAGAGGUUCGGCCUCCUGCAGGCGGGGCCAGGCCGGGGUCUGGGGUCUGGGCUCAGGGCACAGCUCGGGCGGGCUCAGCAGCUUGAGGGCCGAGUGGCAAGCAAGCAGGAGCUAACAGCACCCAGUAACUGCGAGCUGAGAAAUUCUUGUCCCCACAGAUGGCGAAGCUGGAGCUCAGAAAGGCUCAGUGUGCCGUCCAGGGUCGUGCAGAUUAUAAGUGAUGUCACUGAGACAGGAAAUACACCCCUGGGCCCUCUACCCCCUUCCAGGCUCUUCUCAUGAUUCAAAAAUCACUGUUUAUGAACUGUGGAUUGUUCUAGAAUUUCCUGAGAGGCCAGGUUCUCCAACAACUAUAGUCUGGAGCAAAAUAUAGCAAUGUGUUUUCUUUCUCCAACAUAUCAGCUCAAGCAAAUCCCAGGAGAGGAGAACCCCAUUUUUCUCCCUUCGGAUGCAAAAUACGACUGGCUUUUGGCCAAAAUCUGGGUGCGUUCCAGUGACUUUCAUGUCCACCAGACCAUCACACACCUUCUGCGCACACAUCUGGUGUCUGAAGUUUUCGGCAUCGCCUUGUACCGCCAGCUGCCUGCUGUGCACCCCAUUUUCAAGCUGCUGGUGGCACACGUGCGGUUCACCAUUGCCAUCAACACCAAGGCCCGAGAGCAGCUCAUCUGUGAGUACGGCCUCUUUGACAAGGCCAACGCCACAGGGGGCGGCGGGCACGUGCAGAUGGUGCAGAGAGCCAUGCAGGACCUGACCUACACUUCCCUGUGCUUCCCCGAGGCCAUCAAGGCCCGGGGCAUGGACAGCAAAGAGGACAUCCCCUACUACUUCUACCGGGACGACGGGCUCCUGGUGUGGGAAGCCAUCAAGACGUUCACGGCCGAGGUGGUGGGCAUCUACUACGAGAGUGACCAGGUGGUGCAGGAGGACCAGGAGCUGCAGGACUUCGUGAAGGACGUUUACGUGUACGGCAUGCGGGGCAGGAAGGCCUCAGGCUUCCCCAAGUCGCUCAAGAGCCGGGAGAAGCUGUCGGAGUACCUGACCGUGGUGAUCUUCACGGCCUCGGCCCAGCACGCCGCGGUGAACUUCGGCCAGUACGACUGGUGCUCCUGGAUCCCCAACGCCCCCCCAACCAUGCGAGCCCCGCCGCCCACGGCCAAGGGCGUCGUGACCAUAGAGCAGAUCGUGGACACGCUGCCCGACCGUGGCCGCUCCUGCUGGCACCUGGGUGCAGUGUGGGCGCUGAGCCAAUUCCAGGAAAACGAGCUAUUCCUGGGCAUGUACCCAGAAGAACAUUUCAUCGAGAAGCCUGUGAAGGAGGCCAUGGCUCGAUUCCGCAAGAACCUUGAGGUCAUCGUCAGCAUGAUCGCUGAGCGCAACAAGAACAAGAAGCUGCCAUAUUACUACUUGUCUCCAGACCGGAUUCCCAACAGCGUGGCCAUCUGAGCAUACCUGUGCCAUUCCCACUCUGGGAGGGCAGCUGCUCCAGCCCUACAGACUCACCGCCUGCCUGGAAGGCUCUCUGGUCAGGCUUCCUGGAGGCUUACUUUCCCUGCGAGGCCAGUGCAUUUCCCUGUUUACCCCUCAGCCUUGAGGGAAUCCCAUAGUUUGAUCAAAGUGUGUAAACACUGCAGGGACCCCUCCCAUACAGAGCAGAACUGUGCAGCCUCCUCCCCACAUGCAGCGCAGCCCUUCCACACCAGGCAGCAGCAGCAAAUCAGGACCACUGGUAGACGGUUGUUCUUGUUGGAGACCUGGGAUGAUUAUUUUCUGUCCUAUUUAUGCCUAUUCCAAUUUCUUGCAUGCAGCAGGUACCCAAAUAAAUUCUUAUUGAGUGAAUUAAGAAUUGGUUGUCAUAAAAUAAAAAUGUUCAUUUAAAACAGG